CAUCUUCCGACUAAAGUUUCUCACUCGUUAAGGAAUACGCAACUCGCUAGGCAUUCAGCUGCACUGAUGCCUCCGAUCAGGAUACCAAGACCAGCGAGGAUUUUUUAUCGUCCUGUGGCGAUCGAUCUCAGCUGCAUCCCAUCGAGUGCGGUGCCGAUUCCAAGAGAACGGAACCAUGAGUCAGUAAGCAGCGCCGAGAUGCGAGAAGAUCCGUUCGAAGGGCCGGAUAAGGCCCGCAAGUGGCGCAACAACCACAAUGUCAGCUGCAAGGAGACUGACAACGAUCUAUCUCUGCUGUUCAAAAAAUUCUUGUACGAGCUCGAGUCCGGACGCAGCAUAAUACCGGCCGCUGACCGCCUGCUGAUUUUCUUGCGCGGAGCUGGCCGCCGCAAGCACCUCAAAUGCGGCCUCCACCUGGUCACCCACGGUCUCGCACAUGUUCCAGACGAGCAGAUACCCGUCCUCUUGCUCAGGCUCAUCGCCGAUAAGGGCACACCCGCCCGCCUCCGAUGUCCUGAGGACUUUGUGGUGAGUGUAAUUGAGGCGAUGGCCAACCAGGGCGUGAGUCUUCACUACCUGUACUACAUGGGAGGCACCCUGCUGGAUUCGUCAAGGAACCGCUACCUGAUGUCUUCCGUGAUGGCCAACGUGCGUCAGGUAGGCCGCCUGUUGCUGGAACGCGACACAACUGUCGAGCAACUGGUCAAGGCGCCGAAUGGCACACAACGCUGCGCAGAUGGAAGCGGCCACGCGCCGGUCAGCUUCUGCCUCUGGCAUUUCCAGUUCUACACAGAUCCUCCAAGGCAUCUCCUCGAAUGGGUGGAGCUCCUUACACUUCACGGAGCGAAAUUCGUACUGCAGCAGGAGAACAACAUCAACCUGGACAAGUCCGUACCGCAUUAUUUGGUAGAGCAGCUGAUAGUGCCGGAGACGCGGUGCGUGGGCACGGCGCUGAAGUUGCUGCACGUGUACCGCGAGCUGGGCGGUAAAAUGUGGAGGAAGCAGUUGGUGCGACAGCAGCGGUUGGACGCCCACGAUUAUUUGCGCCUCGAGCGGCCCGAGAUGAACAGAGAAGCCGAAGUUGUACACACCAUGAUGCAGGAGCCGCGCACGCUGAUGAGCAUGUGUCGCGGCACCAUCCGCACCGCCAUCGGCCGGCCCUUCUGGCGCGAGGCACCCAAACUCGGUCUGCCGGCCGUGCUUGCCCAGUACCUCACCCACUGGAACUACGACGACGAGUUCAUGCGCGAGUACGGCGUCCGCAUGACUGAGGUGCCUAUCACCGCCGAAACAAAUGAAUGAACUCAAGACUGGUUGCAAUCUCAGAUGACGAGCGAGUGUGUGACGCUGUGAUGCUGAACCACAGUUUUGUGUAUUUCUUCAAAUGACUUAUGUUAACUCGAUAAUCCCUGGCCUUCGCUUUCUGUCGCUAUUCUAAUUAGGUAUGUUUUUCUUUUGACCAUUCGCACGUCAGGUCCAUUUGUUCAUUCCGCUCUCUUCUCUAAUUACACCCUAAAAUCAGGGUGGCCGCUAAAGCAUAGCUACGUUAGUUCCAAUUAUUAUCAUUGUCUGGUGUGUUUUUGUGCGACAGUGAGAAUGUGCGUACUCUGUAUUUGUUGAUGAGAGGAAAUAAAUUAAUUAAAUGAACAUUGAAAUGUAA